UUCAAUGUUCAUUCUUAUAUACGGAUUCUGCGAGGGUGGUCGUGUGGUGCACGUAGGCACGGCCUGGCACGUAAUUCCGUGGAUUUCUCAACCGUUACCAUGUCCUCAGGCAAGAAGAACAAGGCCAAGAAGAAGGGAAAGACCGUGGAUUUAUGGACAUACCUCGCCGACGGAAAUGGGCAGGCCCCGAAUAUCCCCAUGAAAUCGUCCAAUUGGGCUGACGAUGUAGAGGACGAUCAUGAAGGAUUUUCAUCAAGGAGCAACAAAGAUCCGGUUAUAUUGCCGACUGCUCCAAGGGCUGCACGAGGACCAGGGGUGGAUGACGAUAGCAUCCCUACAAAUCCUCCUUAUGUAGCCUACAUAAGCAAUCUGCCAUACGAUGUAGAUGAUGAAGAUCUGGCAGAAUUUUUCGCAGAUAUGAAGAUUUCAAACAUGCGUUUGCCAAAAGAUGCAAAUAAAAUUAAAGGCUACGGUUAUGUCGAAUUUGAGGAUCGCCAGAGUCUAAUUGAUGCUCUUUCUAUGACAAAUACGACCAUUAAGACGAGACGCGUGAGAAUUGAAGUCUCGAAUAGCAGUAACGAUGAUCGUCGAGGUGGUAGGAUGGGUAGAGACAACCGUAGGGACAAUUACGAUGAUCCGGAACGCACGUCCGGCGACUGGAGAAGUGGACCGCGCGAGGAUUUGUCGGAAGGAGAUUCUUAUCGCAGUCGAUACGAUAACAGGGACCGAUUUGACAACAGAGAAAGACACGAUUACGAUAACAAGCCAGGUGCAUGGCGCGAGAGAGACAGCAACGAUAAAGGAUCCACUUUUAAAGAGAGGGCUGGCUUCAGAGAUGAUAGCAGGGACAGAGACAGGGCAUGGCGCGAGAAAGACAGCAACGAUAAAGGAUCCACUUUUAAAGAGAGGGCUGGCUUCAGAGAUGAUAGCAGGGACAGAGACAGGGACAGGGACUGGAAUCGUUUUGGCGAUAGAGGGAGAAGCAGAGACAGAGACGGGGACAGGAGCAGCAGUUUCGGGCCACGUCGCAAUUAUGGCGAUUCCGAUUGGAACCGUGAUCGUCAGCAAGAUCGUGAUCCGAAACCGGCGGAGUCACGACAAAGACCGAAACUGCAACUACAACCUCGCACGAAACCCGUCGAGUCCAUCGCAGCUGCGGAAGAUUCAACAGCUGACAGUACGACGGAAUCGAAAUCAACGGCAGAUUCGGAAUCAACUCAAAGAGCGCCAGCGCCCGUGCCAGCAGCCAAUAUUUUCGGUGCUGCGAAGCCUGUAGAUACCACUGCCCGUGACCGAGAGAUAGAAGAGCGUCUCGUCAAGUCGUACGCGGAAUCACGAUCCCGAGAAGAAACGGACACUAAAGAGCGUAGAGAAGGUACUUGGGGUCGACGUAAUGGCGAAGGACGCGACGACAAAGACAAGGACAAGGAGAAGGAGAAAGAGAAUGAGAAUGAGUAUGAGAAUGAGAAUGAGAAAGAGAAAGAGAAGGAGAGGGGUCGACCAGCUUGGCGAUCGGAAGAAGAUAGAGGCGCUCGGCUUGAGAGAUCCGCGCCACGAUCUCAACCAACGCCUACUCGUUCUGUAGAGGAGCAAAGUGGAUCCAAAACAUCACCAACCCCUCGUUCUGGGCCGCCGACAUCCAAAGGACCUCAGAAACCCGUCGAGAAGGAUAUUCGUGCGGCGGAAAGGGAUCGCAAAGACAAAGAAAAAGAUGAAAUCAGUAGAAUGCCGAAAGCUAAAGACGAACAAGCUCCGAAUUUUGUAGCUUCCAACAAAUAUUCCAUGCUACCUGAUGAUGUGGAUCCCGACAACAUCGAUGAAUAGUCUUAAUUGAUUACAAUUUGCAUCACACACCGACUAAAUUGUGCCACAUGCAAGACACAAUUAUGCGUAUCAUUAAUAUAAUUGGUUUUACUUCUACCAUUACAUGGAUUUGUCGUAGCCAGGCAUUGUGCUCUUGGUACUACUUUACUGGAAUUAUUGUUGAUUUGUAUUUAAUCUCUAUUUUAAAAAAUAUUCUCAAUAUAUAACUAUAUAUUUCUAUAUCAACUUAUAUAUUUACUUUAUAUUUCGGCACGAAAAAUUUUGGCAUUGUUAAUCCCCAAUGUCGUAAAUUUCUCGUGAUUAUCGAAUAAAUUGCGUCAAACUUUUUGUAUGAUUCCAAGAAUUAUUACACUGUAUGAGGUGUAGCAAUUGGAACUUUAUACAUCAUAAUUAAUCUGCUGUACAGUAAUUGUACGAUAUUGUGACUCGUUUACAUGUAAUAUAACAAUGCCAAUAUAGAAGGAAAUUAAAAUAAUAAGUAUAUGGGAACACAAA